GAACAACCUACGUACAAUUAACCCUGGAACGUUCAGAAACCUCAGUAAAUUGCAAGAGCUGGACAUUCGCGGUAAUAAUGAUAUUGCCUACGCGGAAGAAAGUCAACGUACUAUCUUUGUUGGUCUUGAAAAUUUUAAACUGUACGCUGACAAGUACCUAUUCUGCUGUAUGGCGAAACUCGAGGACACCAACUGCGUUGCUCCUCGGGAUCAGUUUUCAUCCUGCACAGACCUCAUGGAGAAUGUCAUUUUACGGGCAUUGAUCUGGAUCUUAGGUUUCAGUGCGUUCGUCGGUAACGUCUUUGUCAUAGGGUACCGACUGACCGACGCGAAGAAGGGACGUAAAAAGAACAAUGUCCAAGCCAGUUUGAUCACCAACCUGGCCAUAUCUGAUUUCCUGAUGGGACUUUACAUGCUGACCAUAGCAAGUGCUGAUACCAAGUUCCGCGGAACGUACAUCUACCAGGCGGAUUACUGGACGUCCAGCAUCCUUUGCCAAAUGACAGGAAUGGUGUCUGUCAUCUCGAGCGAGGCAUCCGUCUUCCUGGUGAUGAUGAUCAGCCUGGAUCGUUGCUUCCAUGUGGUGGCGCCCUUCAAAAGAGGUCUUCACAUGUCCCAUCGAUCCAGCCACAUCAUCGAGACCGCCAUCUGGGCUUUGUCUUUCAUGCUGGGUCUGCUCCCGAUCUUGACCCCGUCGUACUUCAAAGACGACUUUUACGGCGCGUCGGGUGUCUGUUUGGCCCUUCCUCUGACGACCGACCGUCCUGCAGGAUGGCAUUACUCUAUCGCCAUCUUCAUCGGCGUUAACUUGGUUUGCUUCGUGGUCACCUUCCUGUGCUAUGUGGCCAUCUUCAUGACCGUGAAGACAUCACAGCGUCAGGUUGCCAAAGGUAGCGCCGCAGUGGGCCGAGAGGACAGGAGACUCAAGGAAGAGAUCAAGCUGGCCACCAAGAUGGCUCUGAUUGUAGGCACUGAUCUUGUCUGCUGGAUGCCUAUCAUUAUAAUGGGUUUACUCUCAGCUGGUGGCACGUCUCUCCCCGCUCAGGUGUAUGCAUGGACUGCAGUGAUCAUCCUACCGAUCAAUUCAUCUCUCAACCCCUACCUCUACACCAUCUCAACCGUUCACUCUCAGCAUCUCAACAAACUCAGACUCAAACAGGAGGCUGCUGAAACCAAAACAAGAGAGAGUAUUAACUUCGAGCUCACGACGACACUCAUUACCCCCUUCACGUCACUGCCCAGCCCCCUCCCUCAACGCAUGCGCAACUGGCUAAGACGCUUCUCACGUGACCUGACCAACGACGAGCUCCAAAUCAUUGAGCGUGACGUCAUCGAGGCAGUGUCGUCCAUGAGGUCGGAAGGGGUCAAAGUUGACGAAUUUCUGCACGUGGAUAACUUGGCAAUUCAAACGAACAAUGCAGGGAAAAUCUCUCAGGCUUUUAUCGUGCUCGACGUCCCUCUUCCCCUCGCCAACGGGAAGAGUAAGGUGAUCGACGAUGACGAGAAGCCCGAAAACGACAGUCCAAUGACCAGGAACCUAGUAAAACUCCAGACCAUUUUCACCCGAGUCGCCAUGCGUAAAACCACAAAUAAACUUAAUUAGCAAGAGAAACGGGUGUUUAAUAUUGUUGGUGUAGGUGUGACGAGCUAUUGAGUGAACGAGCUAUGGAGUGAACAAGGCCAUCGACUAAAAAGAAAUGUUGGAGCUAGGGGGUCGAAACAUCUUCUCCAUUUUCUUUGCAUGUUGUUUCCUUUCCAUUCUCCCUUAUUUUACUCUCCCCCUCUCUCUCUCUUCCUUUCUUUCUCUAUCU